AUGACCGAUUCACCGAUCGCCUCCGAGGCAACUUCUGUCACCGUGAGUUCGAAGCCCAAGCCGACACAUCUCUUUGUGCUUGUACAUGGUCUUUUGGGUGGACCGAAUCACAUGCAAUCUAUAGAGCGGUGCAUCAAGACACUUUUGCCCAGCGAGUCCAAACACAAAAUUGUCACGUUACGCCCGUCAUCUUUUCGGUUUUGGAAGACUUUUGAUGGGCUCAAGCUUAAUGCCGAGCGAGUGAUCACCGAUAUUCUUUAUGAGAUCGAAACCCUCCGCCAGGAAAACAACUUGAAGGUGGAAAAAAUCAGUCUUGUUGGCUACUCAUUGGGAGGUCUCAUCUCACGAUAUGUGAUUGGAAUGCUUGAAGAAAUUGGGUUUUUCGAUAUCGUGGAGCCUGUAUUCUUCACCACCUUUGCUACGCCUCACGUUGGUGUGGAAUUCCUCAACAAUAAUGUCUUUGAUAGAACCGCCAAUGCUCUCGGCCAGUACCUUUUUGGGUACACGGGAACCCAAAUGUUCCUCACCGACUCCCAGAGCACAUUGGUAUCGAUGGCAGACCCGGAAAAGAAGUACAUCAAGGGUCUUUUACGGUUCCAAAAACACAUCUUGUUGGCUAAUGUUCGCAACGAUCGCACAGUGCCAUUUUUCACAUCUUUCAUUUCCCAACACUCGCCUUUCGACCAGUGGAGUAUCAUCAAAAUCAAGUAUUUGAAAGACUUGCCGCAAGCUCACAUCGGUCGGUCGCAUGUACGGCCCAAGUUCGUCGACUUGACCAGAUCUCAUGUCCUCGAACCAACGAGUUCCGAUAAGGGGAAUAUCCAGGAAGGCACUUCUUUUUGGAGACGCAAUAGAUUCGCUCGCUUUGUUGUCGUAGUGGCAGUGAUGCUGCUUCUCCUUCCAAUAUGGAUACCUGUGAUCAUCAUUGGGUCUUCAUUUGCUUCGAUGUACAGCUAUAUCAAGUUGCAAAUCAUCUCCACUCCGCAAGUAGCUUCACAUUGGGAUAAGGUCAAAGGAUCGGUUUACGGAACUAAGCCUGUAGAUCCUGAAGAUGCCGAAAUUGGUCAGAAUAGACGAGCACAGCGCAAAAAACUAGCCCGCCAUGAUACCUUUAAAGGAGAUACCUCGGAGUUGACCGAAAAUGCCAUGGAAAAUAUGUUAUAUGCUGAAGCUCGAAUUACAGGAAAGAGUCCCAGAAUUACCAACGACGACGAAACGGCGGAAGAACUUCGAGAGGAAGACACCGAGACCGAGGUUGACGAGACAGACGCCGAUGCCAACAACCUGAUUAUCCUGAAGUUCACCAAAGGACUUCGCGCCGUUGACAUCGAUGCCGCUGCAAAUGAUGCUGCAAUCGACCGCCACUUGCAAACCCUUAUGACCAAAGACCUCACCAAGUUUCCCGUUUUCACACCAAAAUCAAAGUUAAACCUCAGCGAGGAUAAACGUUAUAUCAUUGAAAACCUCAAUAACAUCGACUGGAUCAAGGUUCCAGUGUACAUAGAUGCGUGGAAUGCCCACGACGGCAUCAUAGCAAGAAGAGGGCCGCGGACAAAUACCAAGGGAACUGCCACCAUCGGUCUUUGGGUUUCUAUUCUUCGGCGCCAUUUGCAAGAAAAUUGA